AUGUGCAUCGCUCUCCUCACCACCGCCCACCCAGCCUACAAGCUCAUCCUAAUCGACAACCGAGACGAAUACAUCAACCGUCCCACCGCCUCCGCCUCCUGGUGGCCCGACCCCAACUCCUCUGUCUUCGGCGGUCGUGACCUCCUUCGCCCCAUCCAAGGAACAUGGCUGGGCAUCACGAAAUCCGGCAAAAUCGCGGUCCUGACUAACUUCCGUGAGGACACAGCGCCAGCACCGACGGCCGUCUCUCGCGGAGAGAUUAUCAAGAAAUUCCUGACGGAGGAUGUCGGGUCUACGGAAGAAUUUGUGCGUGAGGUUGUGAAUGAGGGGGUGGCGAGGGAUGCUGGGGGGUUCAGUUUGGUUUGUGGACGGGUGAAGAAGGGGGAUGUUUCGGUGGGGAGGCGGGAGCAAUUGGCGGUAAUGAGCAAUCGUGCGAGGAGUGGGGAGGAGGUUCCGUGGAUAUGUGGGGAUGUGGUGCAGACUGUUGGGUUGAGUAAUACUCACUUCGGGGAUAGGACGUGGCCGAAGGUGCUGGAUGGGGAGGUGAGGUUGUUGGAUGCAGUGCGAGAGAAUCUUGUAAAGUAUUCCAAGGCUUUUGAGAAUGUUGAAUCAAACGAGGUUGAGGGGUGGGUGGGUGCUGAGGCUAGGCAGGCGGAGGAGGCGCUUGUGAAAGCAUUCCUGGAAUUAUUGAGCGAUGAUGCGCUCAGUAGGAAGGGUCUGAGCGCUGAACAAGGUCUGGAAGCUCAUAUCUUCGAGUUGAGGAAUAGCAUACUUGUACCACCACUUGGACGAAAAGACCCAGCAGAAAUCAAGUCGCAACCAAAGGAUACAAAGGAUGGUGGUAUGGAUCUGAAAAGGGACGAGGUUGCAGCGGCACGAACGGAUGAGGUUGCAAAAGUGCUGGGUCACAAUGGGACUAAGAACGUGGUCGAGGAUGCGAAGAAGCAAGGAUUAGGAGUAAGUGGAAUCUAUGCAACACAAAAGCAGACUGUGGUCUUGGUCGAUCAACACGAUCGAGUACGAUUUGUUGAGCGAACGCUAUUCGACGAAAGCUGCGAGCCAGUGAAAGAAGGACAGGGAAUCAUCGACAUUCAGUUCAAAAUCCAAUAA